UGCUCUGCGCUCACACAGGCACUCACACACGCAUAGAAGGACACGCACACACUCACUGGGAGCAGCUGCACUGUGGCAAACACACACGCAUUCAUGAAGAUGAUUCGCAUCAGUCCCCGCCAGGCGCUGAAGAUGAAGGCGUUCAGGAGGCACAGCUCCAUAGUAGAGAGAGUUCUGAUGGUGGAUCAGAUCCUUUCUGAGUUCCAUCUGGAGAGGGAGGGGUUAAAGGAAGUGAUGCGGAGGAUGCAGCGUGAGAUGGACCGUGGACUGCGUAUGGAGACCCAUGAUGAAGCCAGCGUUAAAAUGUUACCCACCUAUGUGCGCUCCACCCCAGAGGGAUCUGAGGUGGGAGAUUUCCUCGCCCUGGAUUUGGGAGGUACAAAUUUCCGUGUGAUGCUAGUGAAGGUGGGGGAAGACGAGGAAAGGGGCUGGAAGGUGGAGACCAAGCACCGGAUGUACUCCAUCCCAGAAGAUGCCAUGACAGGAACAGCGGAAAUGCUCUUUGACUACAUUGCUGAGUGCAUCUCCGACUUCUUGGUCAAACACAACCUCAAGCACAAGAAGCUUCCCCUGGGGUUCACCUUCUCCUUUCCAGUGCGACACGAGGAUAUCGACAAGGGAAUCCUACUGAACUGGACUAAAGGAUUCAAGGCCUCAGGGGCGGAGGGUAACAAUGUUGUGGGUCUGCUGAGAGACGCCAUAAAAAGGAGAGGGGAUUUUGAGAUGGAUGUGGUUGCCAUGGUGAACGACACGGUGGCCACCAUGAUCUCCUGCUACUACGAGGAUCGCAGCUGCGAGGUCGGGAUGAUAGUAGGGACGGGCUGCAACGCUUGCUACAUGGAAGAGAUGCGCACGGUAGAGCUGGUGGAAGGCGAUGAGGGCCGGAUGUGUGUCAACACCGAGUGGGGGGCCUUUGGAGACAAUGGUGAACUGGAGGAGUUUCGGCUUGAGUACGACCGAAAAGUGGACGAGACUUCGCUCAACCCGGGACAGCAGCUCUACGAGAAGCUCAUCAGCGGGAAGUACAUGGGCGAGCUGGUGCGUCUGGUGCUGCUGAAGCUCGUCAACGAGAACCUGCUCUUCCAGGGCGAGGCCUCCGAGCUGCUGAAGACCCGGGGAAGCUUCGAGACCCGCUUCGUCUCCCAGAUCGAGAGUGACUCUGGGGACAGGAAGCAGAUUUACAACAUCCUGACCACGCUGGGGGUGCUGCCCUCGGAGCUUGACUGCGACAUUGUGCGUCUGGCCUGUGAAAGCGUGUCCACAAGGGCCGCCCACAUGUGUGGGGCAGGGCUCGCUGGCAUCAUCAACCGCAUGAGAGAGCACCGCAACCAGGAGGCCCUGAAGAUCACCGUGGGUGUCGAUGGCUCUGUCUACAAGCUGCACCCUUGUUUCCAAGACAAGUUUCACAACAUAGUUCGGGAACUGACCCCUCGCUGUGACAUCACCUUCAUCCAUUCUGAAGAAGGGAGUGGACGGGGAGCAGCGCUGAUCUCUGCUGUGGCCUGCAAAAUGGCUGCAAGCAUGCUUAGCCAGUGAAGGGUGUUUUGCAGCCUCCCACCACAAGGGGGAGCCUCAGAGCAUCUAAUUGGACUGGCAUGUAAUGGGCCACUCAUCAGCAGCUUCUCAUCAAGCGAGGACUCCCUCACCCUUUCAGCAGUAUUCUGGGGUGUAGCAGAAAGGAAAUCCCUGCGGCUAAUGAGAGCCAUGUACCACACGAGAGGAUUAGCUGGGACACUCAAAGAGCUGUCAGCUGCAGGCAGACAGAUCCUGCCAUACUAAAGCAAUCCUCUGCUGAGGUAGUUCAGCCAAGCCAGACACAGUUUAGCUAACAUGCUGGUGGUUUCAUGUUAUUUAUUGCGUGUGUAUUUCAGUGAGUAGUUACUGCACUUUACUACAGAUUUACGGGUUUAUAAAAUCCUGCUUUAUCAGAAAACAGCCCGUCUGAUGUACAGAAAAGGUGUUAAGCGCACAAAUCAAAACAUCUGAAUUUGGUCAUCUAAAAAUCAGUCACCAGUCAAUUCCAAUGUACUCUAUCUGAGAGUGAUUUUUUCAGCAUUGUGAUUCCACUGGAGUGCUGGAGCAACAAAAUGUUUUUUACACUCAAACUUUGUCAAGGGAGAAGAAGAUUGAUUAAAUAUGUAAGGCUGUUUUCAUUUUCUAAGCAACAGUUGUGUUUUGUACUGUAAAAUGUAUGUCAAUAGUGAGAAAUCAUUUGUGUAAAGUCCAUAAUGUGAUGUUGUAAAUUUUACAGUGUUGUAAUGUGUUGCAUGUGCAUCCUCUGA